UAUUCGCCCUUUGUGUACAUGCACGAGAACGUUACAGGCCGGGUUUUGGACGAAGUUUGCGUUUGUCCGUUGUCUGUUGUGGAAAAAACAGAAUGACUACUUGCGAACUUGUUUGCGUGAAUAAGACCCACGAACCUAUACUCCUGCCAAACGGGGAGACGGUGGUUAUAGGGAGAAGUCCGCAAACACAAAUAACAGAUGCACGAUGCUCGAGAAACCAGUUGGAACUCAAGGCGGACUGCAAGAGAAAGGAGGUUCAAGUGAAGCAGGUCGGAAGCAACCCUUCGGCUGUUGACAACACAGAACUAGAGAAGGGGAAAACUGUCAAAAUUAAACCUGGAGACAUUGUUUAUGUUCUUGUCGGAAGUUAUCCACAUAUUGUCAAGUUUAAAACCGCUGACAAAAUAUCUGUAAAAGAUAAAAAGAGGACCUCCAGUUCUGAUUCCGUGAAGGGGUCGUCAGUUCAGAAUGGCAGUAGAAAGAGGACAAGCACAGGAGAAAGUGAGCAAGACACAAAGAAACGCAAGUUGUCUAAAGAUGAACAAAACAAAGUCAGUUCACUGAAGAAAUCGGAAUCACAUGACAGUGACGAAGAGCAUAUAAAAUCUGUGGCUGAAAAACUUCAAAUGUUAAAACAGUCAAAGCUGGACAAAUCUGAGAGUGAUUCAAAGCCAAAACAGAAAGUUUCAUCUAAAGUCUCAAACACAAGUUCAAAGGAUGUACAGCCAGCAUCAGAAUCAAGUUGGUCACAGCAUGACAAACUAUAUAUCUACACAGGCAAAGGUGUCAAGUCCAGUGACAAGAUUGCCAGCUUCGACAUUGACGGCACCAUCAUCACCACACAGUCAGGCAAGGUGUUUGCCACACACAAUGGAGACUGGAAGAUUAUGCUACCAGAAACAUUUGGGAAGUUAAAGAAGCUGCAUGCAGCUGGCUUCAAGAUUGUCUUCUUCACAAAUCAGAUGGGGAUCCAGCGAGGCAAGGUGAAGAUUGAUGAACUUAAACAGAAGUUUACCUACAUUGUGGAGAAACUGGGCGUUCCUGUACAGAUAUUUAUUGCAUCUGGAAGUGGGAUAUUCCGGAAGCCGUCGACAGGAAUGUGGAAAUAUAUGGUCAAAAAGCACAAUGAUGGCAUCCGUGUAAAUAUGACUGAUAGUUUCUAUUGUGGAGAUGCAGCAGGGCGACCUGACAAGUGGACCCAGGGCAGGAAGAAAGACUUCUCGUCUAGCGAUAGACUGUUUGCUCUGAAUGUAGGCCUGAAGUUCUACACACCAGAGGAGUAUUUCAGAGAUCACAAGGCAGCUCCUUUCAAACUGCCCGAGUUUGAUCCUAGGAAACUGAGUUCCACUAGUGAAGUUGUCUCCCCUGCUGGUAGCCCUAUCGCUUCUUCCACAAAGGAGGUUGUCGUGUUAACUGGCUUCCCAGCUUCAGGGAAAUCUUUCUUUGCCAAGGCACAUCUUGAACCCAAAGGCUACGUACACAUUAACAGAGACACUCUAGGCAGCUGGCAGAAGUGUGUCACACAAUGUAACAAAGCUUUAGCCGAGGAAAAGAGUGUUGUCAUUGACAACACCAACUUGGAUGUGGAAUCUCGAGCUAGGUACGUGGAUUGUGCCAAGAAAGGUUCUGUACCAUGUCGGUGUUUUGUGUUCACCACUAACAUCCAGCACAUUCGACACAAUGAAAGGUAUCGUGAGAUGACAGACAAGAGCCACAAGCCAAUCAAUGAAAUGGUCCUCAAUUCUUUCAAGUCGAAGUACAAGGAGCCAAUGAAAGGGGAGGGAUUUUCUGAGAUUCUUAAAAUAAACUUUGUGCCCAAGUUUGAGAGCAGCGCAAGCGAGGAUCUCUACAAACAGUUUCUCCUGGAGAAAUGAAACUCAGCUGGAAUGCAUGAAUAGUUCUGAGAUGCCUUGUGAAGUGAGUGCGUGAGUGAUAUUUCAGUGAUAUCAUGGUGUGUCAGCCAGGUGUGGGAGAACUGUAGUGAUGCAGAAAGCAGAGUAUUCCACCUGGAUGAAGCCCCUAAUACAAUGUAGAUGACAUUCUUGGAUUCUGGGAUUCAAACCCAUGAUCAGUGAAUACCAGCACAACUAAGGGAUACAACUCUUGCCUUAUUGAAGCAAUAUCUGUUGCCAUGGUAUCCUGGCAUGUACCAUCUUUCAAAGGCAAGUGAGUUACUGACUAUAAAAGUCCAGUUGCCACCUUUGCCGACCUAGGCUGGAAUUAUGGAGUAAUGUUUUGGCUGGACUAACGAGUCUAUGCAUUGUCCAAUCAAAAUUGCAUA